GAGGGAGAAGGGGACAGUUUGCUAGCUAGCUAGCUUGGAGAAUAACGAUUAUAGAAACAUGGGCAUGUUGCACAGGGGCGGCUUUAUUUCAUAAAACCCCAUAUUGGAUACCUGUUUUUCGCGAAGAGGCCUGGACCGGUCGUUUUUAACUUAACAAUCUGACAUUUUUGCUUUGAUUGUAGCUAACCAUCGCGCCACCACAAUACAGCAGCGCCAGCCGGAGCCCGUCUCCUAAACAAGAAUGGGGUCUAGGUCCACAGCACUGCUUAGGUAAAGUGACCUUUGGUUGUGUUAUAUAAAUGGCCAAUUUUAUGAAUUACCAAGAAAACAAAGCCGCUAUGUUGUUGGUGGAGACGCAACAGAGGGGCAUCGGGACGACACCAGCAGGUACGGCAGCCAACGGCUACACCUCAAUUGGGGAACCCCCUUCCCCGUUAUUGAAUAUCUGUGGUGGCAGUGGAGCUCGUUUUCAUCAGCAAUUGCCGCCCUCCAACCACCACAGCCACCAUCACUAUCCCCAGAGCUCGCUGCCCAAAGAACAACGCCCGCUGUUGCACCACUAUCAGGCGGCGACACAGCAACAGCAGCAUACUCUCUCUGGUGAAAACAUCCCUGGGUCCCCGGUAAGGAAAGCCUCGUUGUCGUCUUUGAACCUGGUACAUGAGGACCCCUCUGCUAGCCACCACGCACUCGCUGCAUCGGUGAACGCGGCGUCGGCUGCGAUUCAAUUGGCUGCGAAUGCUAACGUUAGCGUCGCUGCCUCAGGGGUCAUGGACGACAUUCGGAAGUGUGGCUACCUACGGAAACAGAAGCACGGACACAAGAGGUUUUUCGUUCUGAGGGUGGCGAGCCACCUAGGCCUCAGCCGGCUGGAGUACUAUGACAGCGAUAAAAAAUUCCGCAGUAGCCUCCGGUCUUCAGCAGCAGCCCCGAAACGGGUGAUCUAUCUGUAUCAGUGCUUCACCGUCAACAAAAGAGCAGAUUCCAAGAACAAACACCUCAUAGCCCUCUACACUAAGGAUGAGUACUUUGCCAUUGUGGCUGAAAACGAGCAGGAGCAAGAGGACUGGUAUGUAGCCCUGAGUGAACUGAUGAGUGAGGGGAAAAAGGGGCAUCUAGACUCUGACGAGUUGGAUGAUGGCUAUGGUACAGUCACACCAGGUACGGUUUUCAAAGAGGUGUGGCAGGUGAACGUGAAACCCAAAGGGCUGGGUCAGACCAAGAACCUCACAGGUGUGUAUCGUUUAUGCCUCUCUUCUAAAACGAUCCAUCUGGUCAAACUAAACUCUGAGACACCGUAUGUUAACCUCCAGCUAAUGAACAUCAGACGAUGUGGACACUCAGAAAGCUUCUUCUUCAUCGAGGUGGGUCGGUCGUCCUCCAUAGGACCAGGGGAGAUAUGGAUGCAGGUAGAUGACUCUGUAGUGGCUCAGAACAUGCACGAGACCAUCUUAGAGACCAUGAAGGCUCUGAAGGCCUUCGCAGAGAUCCGCCCCAGGAGUAAAAGCCAAUCAUCGGGCUCCAACCCCAUGGCGUUCAUUACCACCCGCCGUCACCUAGGCAACCUGCCGCCGAGCCAAACGGGUCUCCAGCGCCGCUCCCGGACCGAGUCGGCGGUCGGUACGCCACCAUCGAGUAAGAGCUCCGGUGCCAGUGGCUACCGCUUCAGGACGUCGAGUGAAGGCGAAGGGACGAUGAACCGGCCAUUCCGGUCUGUUACCGGCAGCCUGAUCCACCUGAACACCGCCCGGAUACACCUAGGGCGCCAGGAGGGUGGGGGAGGGGCAGGGAACACCGGGGGAGGAGGGCGCUAUGUCAGGGCGCUACCGGGCUCCAACUGCCACACCCGCUCCGCCUCGCUCCCCGUCUCCCACUUCUCCUCCACCACCUCCCCCGUCAGCGUGUCCAGCAGCAGCGGUCACGGCUCAGUCUCUGACACCCUCACCCGGCCCUCCAGCUCGUCCAUAUGCGGCUCCCCCUCUGACGGAGGCUUCAACUCCUCAGACGAGUACGGCUCAAGCCCCGGAGACUUUCGCUACUUCCGAGUCCGUAGCAACACACCCGAUUCGCUGGGCAACACCCCACCAAUCAGAGAAGAGAACUGCCUGAGUGACUACAUGGCCAUGGGCUGGCACCGCGAGGUGUUUGGAGCGGGCGGCGUGAGUAGCUCUGGCGGCGCUGAGGCCCCCCACCGGGACGAGAGCACGUCGACGGACGAAGACCGGUCUCUGAGGCGGCGGACACACUCGUUCACGCGGCCCGGGAGUCAGGGUGGUGUUGCCGGCGGUAGCAGCGGCGUGGCGGUGUACCAAAAGAUGACCCAGACCACCACCUCACAGGACGAGUUGGUGUCUGUGGAAGAGGCUCUGUCUCUGGGCCGCAGCAGCAACCAGCCUUCCUCCCCCUCUUCCUCCCUCCGCUCUGACUACAGCUCCUGCUCCGAGCACAGCCAGGGCAGACCCCCUCCUCUCUCCUCCUACCCAUCCUCCUCGGCCAAGGAGGACAGUGGCUAUAUGCCCAUGUUGUGUGGGGUGGCAGCCUCACCCCGUGACACCCCGGAUUACAUGCCUAUGCAACCUAGUUCCCAUUCUCAUCCCCAUCACCACUCUCUCUCACACCCUCCCCAUCCUCAGCCCUCCCACUCCCCCCAGGCCUCUAGCCCAGCACUGGCCCCACGCUCGGCCCACCAGCUGCAACCCCACCAGCCUACGGACCCCCAGGGCUACAUGAUGAUGCUACCAGGGGGACCGAGCUCCUCUUCCCCAGUCCAGGCCUCCCCAAGUCCCCACAGCAGUAGCAGUAACAUGGGUCUGGGUGUCGGUAGUUCUGGUAGUAUAGUGGAGCGGCCUGAGACUGGAGAGUACAUGGACAUGUCGUACAGCAGUGGAAGAGGAGGGAACGCGACAGGAGGACGGAAGCUCUCCAACGAGGGUGGAUACUACACACUGAGCAACCCUGAGGGUCCCCCCAAAUCAUACAGUCCCUACUUCUCCCUGCCUCGCUCCUACAAGGCCCCCGUCGCCAGAGAUGGUGAACAGAGAAAAUGGGAGCAUGAGGAAUACGUGCCUAUGAGCUCCCCAGCUAAACCCGUCUACUCCCAGGUCACUGGCGUUACGACAAAGGGUUUCAGUAGUGGGGGGUCAGACACCCCUCACGCCCACCACCCCCCGCCCUACGGGGCCCACCACCAAGCAGCUCGCGGUGACCGGCGAACGACUGCGGUUCGGCCCAACCGCCUCCCCCUGGGCCGCCACAGCUUCCACGGGUCGCUGAGGGUUAGUGAGCCAGCUGCUGCCGAGGGACCCUCCAGCCCCGGCGAGUACAUCAACAUCGAGUUUGGAGAUCCCUACGGACCCCCCACAUCCUGCCCUCUCGCUGACCAGUACGUCUCACCCUCGAUGGGCUCCGUCGAGCAGCGUCACUCCCCUCCCCAGAACCAGGACUAUAUGAGUGUAGAGGGUGGGGGUGAUGAUGGUUGCCGCCUGACUAAGAACCAGUCCCCCAGACCCUCUCUGGUGGCCCCAUGGAACCCACCCAGCUACAUUCGACCCCUGACCGCCAAUUCCUCCCUGAGCGGAGCUCCUGGAUCUUCUGGCGCUCACUGGCGGACGGGAACAGAUGACUACACAGAUAUGACCUUUAACCUUAGCAAGGGUGAGGGGUCGCGGGGGUCACAGAGUAGCCCCACAGCCAUGCUGCAGCACCUGUGUUUGAUGGAGGGCAGGUACCCCCCUACCUUACUCCCCCACCCCAUCACUCCUCCCUCAUCCUCCAGCCCCCAGCCUGAGCCCCCCAAAGUGGUACGUGCUGACCCCCAGGGGCGACGCAGACACAGCUCUGAAACCUUCUCCUCCACCCCUGGAGGAGGCAGAACCACAAGCUCUAGCACAGGCACCAAUCCCCCCUCGGGCUCAGCCAACCCCUCGGCCCUCAACGGCGCUCUCCUGGCCGAGGGCUCCAAGUGGGCCAGCUCUGGCUCCUUUGACAGCGUGUGGAUGUGUGUGGAGGGGAUAGGGGUGGAUUUGGCCGGUUUCCCUGCCCAGCCAGGGCCCUCUGAUCUGGGCAUGGACUCAGCCUCCUCUGGGGGCCCUCCUGGAGGACAUAUGUGCAGAAAUGUGUCUGUGGGGUAUCAGAACGGCCUCAACUACAUUGCCCUGGAGCUGAGAGAGGACCAGGAAUCUAACACACUCCCCAUAUCCCAGCAGCAGCAGGGGGGAACCGGGCCGACCCCCAACGCCCCCUCAGCUGGUAAUGUGACUGUGCCGGUAGCAGAGAACAACGGCGCCUAUGCCAGUAUAGACUUCAACAAGUCAGACGGGAUGACUGCCACGUUCACGGAAUGAAGCUGGAUGGAGGAAUCUGAUCUGAGAUAGAGUUUCUGUGGUGCACCCCUCUAACUAAAUCCCUCCACUACCACCCUUUGACCUCGACCCCAAGGCUGGCCCUCCGCCACCACCCUUCAAACUCGACCCCAAGGCUGGCCCACAAGGUCAUGCCCCCUUUGAACCACAACAUCACGAAGACAGCAGAAGAUGAAGACUGAAGGCGCUUGCAUUUUAGUAUUUUUGUUUUUUUAAAUAUAUAUUUUUUCCCGAUUUUGUUUCGUCAGUGGCUGGUUUUGAGGCUGCUCUCUCUCAUCGUUAAAGGACUUUAGAUAUAAAAACAUUAUUUCUGAUCUACAGCGCAAAAAAGGGAGCUUCGCUCAAACAUGGUAUCGCUGUAAGUUAAUAAUAAUAAUAAUAGCCAAAUAAUAAUACAACUCUUAGACUGGGUUGAGACUGGUCAGUAGAGUUUACUCUUAAGUAUUACUCUUAUCUUAGAGUUUACUCAUCUUCUCACUGAGAAACUGCUACAUGUAUUUAAAGCCACAUAGUGCAUUUGUUAUUCUAACAUGGUUUAUUUAGUAUUUUUCUAUUAGCAGAAAAUGGUACUGGACUCGACGAUAGUCCCAAUAUUUUCCAUAAAAGACGCAAGUAUUUUAUUUCCACUUAAGGGCCUUAUUAGCACAGGUCUGGCUCACAGAUGGAUGGAGAUAUAUACACAUACACACUUUCGCUUGUCUGUGCUCUGUAGGCUACAGUCAAGGCCGUAACCAAGGUUUUUGUGAGGUCUGGAUUGUUUUUUUGGGGGGGAGGACGUUGAAGCUCAUUUACUGCAUUUCUAUACAAUAAAAAAAAGAAGCUAUUUGUAGAACAGCAAAACUGACCUCUGCCAUUACCACCGUGGCUGCUGUAGGUUCAUUCAUUCACCUCAGUCGAUCUACAAACAUAUAUUAGCUAUACAAUUGUAAUGUCAUAUCCCUGAAAUGGGAGGAAUGAUUCAAACUGACACAUAGCGACUGUUGAGUCCGUUUGUGUGAUGAAUUGCAUAAAAUCCCUUUUUUACACGUCUCUCUUCUCAAAUGACAUGGCAUUAACGUUUGUAUCCCUAGGCAUUUACUAAUCAAGCUCUGCACAAACGGACAUCAAAGGAGCACACAGAUCAUAUUAUCACAUGCACAUGAAUUAUUAGAAUAUUAUGAUUCUGUAUUAAUAUCAGUGAUGUAGUGGUAAAAAAAAAAAAGAAAGGUGGGUAAACCAGAAACUCCAGGGGUAAACGGCUACCAAUAUAAAUGAAAACGUAUGUCAUUUUCAGUGUACUGUAUUGUUUGCAUUUCGAUUCGAAUGUAAUGUCGGCCUAUAGGGAAGAUGGGCCAUGUGGAGAUGUUCAUAUUGAAACAUAUUUUAAGUUCCUAACCUGUUUUAAAAGAUUAGUACAGAUUUUCUCAGGGGGGCAUAGACGCAAGUUUGGGAACCACUCCUCCUCUGCUUCCAUUGCAGCCUGCCUCAACCUUAACACUGAGUUGCCACACCACUGUCUGUCUCAGUAGCCUACUCUCUGUAAAGCAAAGUUAUUGUGAGAUCUUAACCUAUUUAUUUGCUCCUGUUGAGGUAGGCUUCGUUUAACAUGAUCUUCUUACUUCAUCCUUCUAGCUGGCCCUCGGCCUGUGCCACAAGCGGGCAAAGUUAGCCGUUUGAGUGAGUGGUGAAUGUGCUGCUAAAAAGGAUAAUUCGGGAGGCAAAUCCAGGGGACGCAGGCGAACACACCGAACAAACCACGGUUCCUGGUUCCAACUCGUUCACAAAGAAGCCGGCGUGAUUUAAAGCAGUCAGAUCAAUAAUGUAAGCGAUCUGAGCUUUGAUCAAUGCUGAAAGUAAUAUUCAGAUGUUGACCCAUAAUAGAUUCUUUUUAUUAGAAAAAAAUGUGCGGUCCGGACCGCAGUGUCCUCAUGUAGUUACGGCCCUGGCUACAGUGACUGACCACACACACGAUGCCCCCUGUUGCUGUGACUCCACUAAUCCAUCAGUAAGUGUGCUGGGUGACGUUAGGGGUUCCAGUAACCUGACUCUACUACCCCCCCCCCCCCCCCCCCCCCCCAAGGUGCAACAUGCACACACACGGACACACACCUCUGCCAGCCCCUAACUUCCCUGGUUACGCACGUUAGACCCCUCACAUUGCCAAGCAUGUAGGCUGGCCGCAGUGAGGGAGAGAGCGCAGGGGAGUGAGGGUCUAUUCUCGGCCUAAACUGGGAUCCACAAGAACCAGUUCAGAGAGGUUUUCAGGAUUUGACGACGUUACUUUAGGGUUAGCGCUGGGAAGUGUAGCUACAACAAAGGGUUAAAUGCAAGAGAUGAGGUACAAGUAAGGUAAAAUACGUUGUCUAAUACGUUGCUUGGAAUCCGUUAGAAAAGUUAGGGGGGAAAAAAACAUGUCAGUGCGCCACUUAACAGAGGAGUGAUCAUGUUACCAUCCUAACUGAAAGACCGCUGUGGGGUGUCCUCUUAAUUUUCUUUCAUUUCAGUAUUUUGACUCGUGUGCCAUGCCUUUAAAAAAUAUAUAUAUAUAUAUAUCCCUAUCCCUAAAAAAAAUGUACCCUUCUGUCUCCCUUCUGAAAGGCUGGAAGCAGUGAGUUCUGCUAGAGUACUGUUGUGUAUUUUUCUGUGCAAUCUCUGUCGGCCUUUUAUAUAGUUAACCCACUCUAUGGGUGUCGGUGGGAGGAAUGGGGGGGGGGGGCAGAGGGAGAAGAUGUUAGUCGCACUAUCGAUCGCGUGACUGGAGUGUUAAUUUUAUUCGCUCACCUGAUUAUUCCCUCGCUCCCUUCCCCCUCUUUCCCUUCCCUCUUUUUCUAGAUCUCUUAGUCAUUUGAUGAUGACUGAACCAAAAUGUCAGUGAAAAAGAAAAAAAGAGCUUGAUGCUUGUUAGGAAAGGGGGGGGGGGGAUUAGAAGGGCUCAAAAGUAUCAUGGUACGUCUUGUCGGUGUUAACUAAAGUAUGAAGAUGAUGAUGAUAUAUUUGUUGGUGCAGAAUAAUGGACUGUGGAAAAGGUUGACCCCCCCCAGCAAAAAAAAAAAAAAAAACUUUCAACAACCCGUCAGAUCCCAUUUGGUACAACCAAUGUCUUAUAUGGUACAGUUGCGGUGCACAGAACCUACUGUUAAUGUAUGUUAUGGAAAAGGAACUGUUACUAUAUCUACCCAAGGCUGAAACCAUAUAACUAGAAUCCUCAUUCUAAUUCUGUGGUUGGAACACAUUUUUAAAGGCUGUACUGUGAUUUUAUUUAUAUUUGGUUACGCUGCAGCGCUGUUCGGCUUCGAGCUAUUAGAUUUGAAUAAUACGAAAGCUUUAUUUGGCAAGACUUUCUGUGAUUUUAAUUAGUCUUACUUAAUCAAUUAAAUAAAAAAUAGUCUUGAUUAUCGAUACUCACUCAUAUCAGCCUUGUUCAGUUCUGUACUAUUUGGUGGAUGAUUCUACUUUGUUCUGUUGAUGAUAUAUUAUAGGCCAAUAUGGUCGGGUCCCACACUCCUUACUAGCGAUGUAUUGGACAUGCAUUCUCAGUAGUGUGCGACUAGCUACUAGUGUGCAUACUAAGUAGUAUGCUAGUGUGGAUGUUGGAACAGAGCCGUAGCGUUUUGAGUUAACAAUAAUAACAAACCCUUUUAGGAAAUAAUGGGGGGAAAUCUAAUAACUACAUAAUAUAUUACAGAGGAACUAAACGGUACUGCAUAAAUAAAUGUGCAACAGUUUUUUUUAUUUUUAAUCUACUUUAUAGAAAGAGCAGAAGUUAAAUCUCCAUAGUUUUUUGGGUGUUGUGUUGAUACUUUUGAUGGAACUCUUAAAGACGGGGUAUAAAAUCAUUUUUAAGCUAAACGGAGACAGUGGGGUAAAGUUUUGAAGAGUUUGAGGAUGUAGACAUUUAGCAGUUUUGUAUAAAAAAAAAUAGGAAAAAAAAUAUCCUCUGCCUAAUGUUUUGUAACUUACUAUUUUAUUUGCUGCUGUGUAGUAUUACAAAAUAACCAUUUUGAAUGCUGUUGAUUGAUGGCAACCAUGACGAUGUCAUUUUCAUUGCUACCUGUGUUUUCUUUCAGAAUUUAAUGGCAUUGUCAUUUAGCUUUAUGGAACAGACAGUUCUUCAUACGGUGGAGGUGUUAAUCCUCAUAUGUGCAUUAUAUUUCUCUGCAACGUAUGUCCUUACGGGGGAAAAAAAGGUGUUAAAAUAAAAAGAGAAAUUAUUUAAAUAUGAUAGUAUUUUUUUCAUGUUAAUUGCGCCCCAAGGUGACUUUUUUUUCGUUCUCACUUCAGGAGGGAUGGGGGUGAAGUCCUAGCGGAGGAAUUUGGAGCAUAGUGUUUAUAUUUAUCCAACUUUUUUGCUUUCAAUAGAGCUAUUGCAAUAAAAGUGUUCAUGUACAUCUAC